GCCCUUCCUUUUCAACAAAUAUCUAAGAACAAGUACUGAAACAAAGCCUGAGUAUAUUCAGAUAUCUCUAGGUGUAUGGGGUGGGGGCACUUGAAAUCCUGCAGAUGUGUUGCAAUGCCAUCUGGGUGCUUCACUUAGGAAUAUGCUGCUGUGCACACAGACCUGUGCAGCUCACAGAAGGUCAUCAGGAACCUGGAAAACCCAGCAGACAUGAUUUACUUUUACAGGGCUGGAGUCUUCUCUGUGAUAACCCUGCUUUCCUGCUCUGGCACUACAAAGAGUCUUCCCUCCCAUUUCUGGCACCACCUAAAGGUGGCUUUAAGCCCCAUUUGUAGGUCAUGUUGCAUCGCUGUCUGCUACAUAUCCAUGGCAGGGCAAGGACUUCUGAUCUGAAGCAGACUGUGACAAGCUGUUCUAUCUCUGAAUCUAUCAUGGAACAGGAUAUCUAUAGUGAUGGAUCUGACCAUAUGGAACGCAUGCUGCUCUUUGCUUUCCUGGCGGAGUCCUCUGGCUGUGAGUUCAGAGAGCAGCUGCCAUUCCUACAAAGCCAGGGCAUCUUGUGUUCCGUUAAAGGUGUUCAAUCUUAUGAUAGCGAUGGAGAACUUCAGACUGAUGGGAAUCGAAGUGGCCACUUGCAGAAUGGUGAGCUAGUGCUUGACCCUGAGGUAAAUGAAGAAAUUGUCCGAACCAUUGCUGCUCAGCUUGCUGAGAUUGGAGACCAGCUGGAUAAACAAAUCAAAGCAAAAGUAGUAAAUGAUCUAGUGCAACACUUUCUGAAUGAGAAUCUGCCUAGAGAGGAGAUAACACGAUGCCUGUCACAGGCAGUGGAAGGACUUGCCAGAGCCAUCCCAUCAGAUCUGGAGCAAGAGAAGGCCAUGUUGGUGCUAGCAAUGCUCUUAACUAAGAAAGUGGCAAAUCAAGUGCCUUCCCUUCUACAGCGUGUCUUCAGCACCACUGUGAACUACAUCAGCCAACACCUCCACAACUAUAUUGUCAGAAUGCUGCGUGAGUGAGAAAUCUCCAGCGAUUGGCUUCCUGAAGACUUUUUAACUUCUUGAUCUGCUCAGAUACUUUUUCUGCUCAUAACUUUUGAAACACAGCUGUGAAAGGGAAGGCAGAGCUUGUAGAUGGGCUUUUGUAGACUAGCACAGUAGCGACGGUAGUGAGAGCUGCAUGACUGGUCUGCCAGCACCUGUAAGAUAUAGUGCUUACUCUUCUCCAUUUUACAAAAUAGAUGUUUUUCUUUUUUUUUUCUUCCCUCAUCUUAUCAGUAGCAGAUGUAAUGCAGGAACAACCCCUGGCUCAUGCCUCUAGGGGAAGUGCACUGGGUGCUGAGUCCACCUUGUCAGUAUUUCUAGCCAACUGCUGCAUCCUGCAGGUUUGUGCUGCAGCUGGGCAAGGUACAGGGGUGGAUUCUGGGGGGAACAGUAUCCGGACAUGCUUGAGAAAAGAUGGUCAUUGGCUUCAGAGCAGCUUGCUGGAGAGAAAAAAAGAUACCAGCCUAGAAUGAGGAGGAAUACCUGGUGUUUCUGGUCAGUAGCACAUUGUAUUCACAUCUCAGGUUCAGUGAACAGACUUGGACUCAGGUUGUUUGAUGUAUGUGUCAUCACAUAUGUGGUGGCUGAGGCUCUUCUUGUGAUCCAGCUGCCUCUGAAGAAAUCAUGUAAAUAAUGUCCUUUCAUUGGUGUUUUGUUUUUUUUUUUAAUAAAAAUGGACAUGACAUACAUAUGCAUCUUAA